GCUGUAUAUUUCGCAAACUAUUAGUUGGUCAGUUCUUCUACGUGUUUCACCAUUAAAACUUUAUUACAAAAUUUAAUUUUCGUAUAUAACUUUAUUCCGUUUCCUUAAACGAGAAUUAAAAUGCUCAAAAGUACAAGUCAUGUUGAAGAGAAAGAGCAAAGUAUUGAGAAGCAGUUGAAAGAAUUGCUGGUUUUGCUUGAAGACAGCAAAGACUUUAAAAAGUUCGGGGACCUAUUUGACGACAAGUUUCUCAAGCAGUUCAUCCGUGGGAAGAAAUAUGAUACAGUAAAAGCGUGCGAAUAUAUACAAAAUUAUCUUUAUUUGAGAACGGAUAGAUUUGCCGAAUUUUCACGCACCUUGAGGCCUAGUAUUACCCCGCUAAUUAAUCAUGGCAUGUUGCGAAUGUUAAAGCGGUCUGACCAGGAGGGCAGAAUAGUUGUUCUAGACCGUGUCAGUCGUUGGGAUGUGUCGAUAUUUGAUGCAGAAUGUGGCAUUAGAAACUGGGUUCUCAUGGCUGAUGAAAUUCUCCGGUCGUUAGAUGCAGCUUGUUCCAAGGGUGUAGUCGUGCUAUUGGAUUUUGGCGACUACUCUUAUUCUCAGGCUAGACUCCUGACCCCGUCCGUGGUCCUGAGAGCUAUGAACAUGCUGGUGAACUGCAUGCCAAUGAGAUAUAAAGGAGUCCACUUUAUCAACCAUGGACAUUUAGUUAACAUGUUGGUAACUGGGGUGCGACCAUUUCUCAAAAAGAAGUUGAGGAAUCGAAUUCAUACGCAUUCCAGCACCGCAUCACUUCAUGCUCACAUAGCGUCAGAUAUUUUGCCGGAAUGUUAUGAUGGACAGUUGACUGAAGACGACGCGUUUGACGAGGAAUUUGAAAAAAGAAUUUUCACUCGGGAGGACUUUUAUGAAAAAUUUGCAGAGCGUAUCCAAAGUCCUGGCAAGGCUUGAGGAAUUUAAGAAUUGAAGAGAUGACUACCUCAUCGGCUACUUGAGUUAUUAUUUAAUAAUAUCUGCCAAUCACGCCCAUUAUUCUAUGUUUUGUUAAUUUUUUAUAAGAAUGAUUGACAUAUCGCAGUAUUAUAUCUGUACAUGCAUAAAUUGAUGUUGAAAUACAUCCAUGUGUUGCCCUCUUGAG